AUGAACGACAGCCGGUUGGCCCCAGACGAAGACGUGGACUACGGGGUGGCCCCGGAGGACGUCCCGGACACCACGCGGGGCCCCGCCUUCUUGGCGGCCAGCGUGGUGAUAGCGGCGGUCCUGCUGUGCAUCAUGGCGGUGUGCGGCGUGGGCAACUGCGCCUUCAUCGCCGGGCUGGUGCGCCACAGGAAGCUGCGCAGCCUGACCAACCUGCUGAUGGCCAACCUGGCGCUGUCCGACGUGCUGGUGGCGGCGCUCUGCUGCCCCCUGCUGCUGGACUAUUACGUCCUUAAGCGGCUGUCCUGGGACCACGGCCUCCUCAUGUGCGGCGCCGUCAACUACCUGCGCACGCUCUCCCUCCACGUGUCCACCAACGCCCUGCUGGCCAUCGCCGUGGACAGGUACCUGGCCAUCGUGCACCCUCUGAGACCUCGCAUGAAGCGCCAGACGGCGUAUUGCGUCAUGGCCGCAGUCUGGGCGCUGCCCGUCCUGAUCGCCAUCCCCUCGGCCGUCAUGUCGUCAGAGACGGCCUACCCCAGCCUGGGGGGCGGAGCCUCCAAGACCUUCUGCGCCCAGAUCUGGCCGGCGGAGCAGCAGGCGUGGUACCGCUCCUACUUCCUGCUGGUGUUGGCGGUGGAGUUCCUGGGCCCGGUGGGCGUCAUGGCCGUCUGCUACGUGCGCAUCUCCGCCGAGUUGUGGUUUAAAGACCUUCCGGGCUUCCAGACCCAGCAGAUCCGUAAACGUCUGCGGAAGCGGCGCAGGACGGUAGUGGUUCUGAUCCUGGUCCUGGUGGCCUACGUGCUGUGCUGGACUCCGUACUACAGCUUCGCCCUGCUGCGGGACUUCUACCCCAGCCUCAUCUCGGGGGACCGGAACUCCCUACUGGUCUUCUACGUCAUCGAGUGCGUGGCCAUGAGCAACGGCGUCAUCAACACGCUGUGCUUCGUCGGCGUCAGACGCCGCGCCACAAGACCCCGCGGGCCGGCCCGCUUCCCGCUGGUCUCCUUCCUGGCCCGCAAGUCCACGGACGGGGCCGAGGCUCGCACGUCCUCGCUCAGGGUGACCGAGGACGCGGGGGGAGUCCGGUCCGUCUAG